AUGAGUAAAAUGAGUUCUCCAUCAGUCGUACAAAAGGAUGCAGAGGAAGCAGCAUUAUUGGAAGAAGAAAACCAUGAAGAAAUCGAACACAAACACUACAUCGUUCACGAGCUGAAGAAGACAGAAACUUCACAUGGAGACGCAAUUUUAGCAUCACUGAGCGAGGCACCGUUUUCACCAGGCGAUGAACCAAAAUUUCAAGUUUAUCUUCCAAGACGAUUUGUGCAGCAGCUACAAAACGAAGACCUGCGAGGUAUUCAACCAGGAUCCCUAUAUUUGGCUAACGGUGACGCUAACGAUGACGCUAACUCUGACGCUAACGCUAACGCUAUCGCUGACGCACACGCUGACGCUAACGCUGACGCUAACGCUGACGCUAACACUGACGCACACGCUGACGCUAACACUGACGCACACGCUGACGCUAACGCUGACGCUAACACUGACGCUAACGCCGACGCUAACGCCGACGCUAACACCGACGCUAACACCGACACUAACGCCGACGCUAACGCUGACGUUAACGCCGACUCUAACGCCGACGCUUACGCCGACGCUAACGCCGAACCUUACGCCGACGCUUACGCCGACGCUUACGCCGACGCUUACGCCGACACUUACGCCGACGCUUACGCCGACGCUUACGCCGACGCUUACGCCGACGCUUACGCCGACGCUUACGCCGACGCUUACGCCGACGCUUACGCCGACGCUUACGCCGACGCUUACGCCGACGCUUACGCCGACGCUUACGCCGACGCUUACGCCGACGCUUACGCCGACGCUUACGCCGACGCUUACGCUGACGCUAACGAUGACGCUUACGAUGACGCUAACACUUGCUGGCUGACGAUGAUGACAACGACGAUGGAGUCAUAA